AUGGCGGCGGCUCCGGGCGGGACCAAGGACAAGGCCGCCAUCUUCUGCUCCGAUGUAGCAGCUGCCACGCUGCAGACUGCCCGCGAUUCGCGAGAGAGCCUCCUUCAGUCAUGGGUGUUUGUGCCCGUCGGUAUUUUCGCCGUUCUUGCAGUAUGCUUCGCGUUUGACAAGCUGUUCCGCCUCGGCUCGCUGCCGUUCCCAGCAUCGGUGGCCGUCCUGAUCGUCUUGUUCCUGGGCCUUCUUCUGUCUGAGUGGCUGGUUGGGGAGCACCGGACGCGCAGAGCUGUGGCGCUCAUCGAGGUACCUGGUCUCUGGUCCCUGCGAUGGAUCAAUGUCUACUUCACGCCGUCUUUCGUGCUGCUCCCGUUGAGCCCGCCAGUUGGCAUUGUCGAGGUGUUCAAAAUCAUUGCCGUGUUCAUCCUUGGAUUUAUUGCAAUGAUGAUAAUGACCGCAUACAUGACGCGCGGCGUGAAUCUCAUGCUCGGCUCGUCCAAGCGAGCCAUGACGGAGCGUGCCGAGGAGCUGGGCAACGAGGCCGACGAGAUCCCCAUGACGGUGACGCCGCAGACCGACGGGACGCCCACGCCUGCGACGCUUUCAGCAGCGGUCUCGACGGUGGACGUCACGAGCCCUGAGCAGUCGCCGCCACGUGUCGCUCAGCGGGCCGUCGAGCUGCAACUGCAGGAUGAUCAGCAGGUGCAGAGCAGCCGUGUUCCCUCUGCCGCACCAUCACCUCCGCCUUCGCCGCCAGCAUCAGCGGCAGCAGCCCCUGAGAAGUUCCCAGCGACGGCUCGGUCGAAGCAGUGGGCUGCCAUAGUCACGAGCCGCCUCGAUCUCCUCGUCUAUGCUUCCCUGUUCCUCUUCGUCGGCCUGCCAGUGUACUACAUCGCGGGAUACGCCAUGCCCGCCCAUACGACAUUCAGCAUCCUCACCUACUUCGCAGCGACAUCGCCUCCCCCACGUUGGACACGGUUCCUCCAUCCGGUCCUGGUCUCCUCUCUGCUCACUGUUCUUGGGAUCUGGGCCCUCGGGGCCAUCAAAGGCGACUCUCUGUACGAAGCACUCGGGCAAUACCGCACGGGCACCAAGUACCUGCAACUCUGGACUUCCUCCCAGAAGCUCUCCCUUCCUCUACCAGGCGCCGGCGACGUCUUCGGCAGCGUCCUGGACGUGAGCAUCGUCGCCCUCGCGCUGCCCAUGUACCGCUACCGCCGCGAGCUGCGCCAGCACUUCCCGGCCAUCGUGCUCCCAAACGUGGUCCUGUCCGCGGCCUCGCUGUUCGCGUACCCACCCCUGUGCCACGCCGUCGGCAUCUCCGCGCCGCGCAGCCUCGCGUUCGCCUCGCGCAGUCUGACCCUCGCGCUGGCGAUCCCCGCCACGGCCAACCUCGGGGGCGAGGCGAGCACCGUGGCCGCCGUGGCCAUCAUGAGCGGCAUCUCGGGGGUCUUGUUUGGCCGGCGGAUGUUGGCCCUCAUGCGGAUCCCCGAAGAUGACUACGUGACCCGCGGCGUAACUCUCGGCGCAAACUCGUCAGCCCUGGCAACCGCCAUGCUGCUGCCCCUGGACCCGCGCGCGGCCGCGCUGUCCAGCCUGUCGAUGAGCCUGUUCGGCACCGUCACGGUGCUGUUCACCUCGAUACCGCCCAUCUCCGCGGCCGUUAGGGGUCUAGUUGGGCUGUAG